GUAUGAAUGAAAAGCGAUAUGAAUAUUUUAAGUGUGACCCAGAUUCGAGGCUGAGGCUCCGAACAUCGGUCAUUCCGCACGGCAUCGGAGCGGGAAGGACGUGUCGGUGGCGGUGCUCCGCACCCAGAGCUCUUCGCAUCGCGAAGGGAGGGCAUUUUCAACCCGCUGUCUCCUUCCUUUCUGCACAGCCUGCACUCGGCCAGGGAGGAGCCGCCCGACAGAGCAGAAAGCCCCAAGACUGUUGGGACCCUGAGGUGAACACACUCAGGAUUAACAGGACGUCUUUCCCUGGCUGCAAAUUCAGACGAAUCGGAUCCUCCAGGAAUGGCCGUUCCAGCCUCACAUGAAUUCCGCUGGCAGAGCCUGGCCCCGCUGUCCGGCGGCCGGGUGUACCACUCGUUGGCCGAGGCUGGUGGCCAGCUCUACAUGAUAGGGGGCUGCGAUGAGACAGGACAGCCCACCAGUGCCCUGGAGCUCUACUCACCCGAGAUGGACCAGUGGGUGAGCCUGCCCCCUAUGCCCACACCGCGGGCCGGGGCUGCGGUGGCCGUCCUGGGCAAGCAGCUGCUGGUGGUUGGGGGUGUGGGCAGGGACCAGUGCCCCCUGAAGGCAGUGGAGAUAUACAACACAGAGGAGGGAAAGUGGAGGAAGAGGAGCUUGCUGAGGGAGGCAGCGAUGGGCAUAUCCAUCACAGUGAAAGAUGGCAGGGCAUUUGCUGUUGGAGGAAUGGGAGACGACCUCCUUCCUCGGGGUCUCCUGCAGCAGUACGACGUGCGAAAGGACAUGUGGGCCCUCCUGCCUCCAAUGCCCACCCCCCGGUAUGACACAAGCGCCUGUCUGGUGGGCUCAAAGAUCUACGUAGCAGGGGGCCGCCAGAGUAAGCGCUCUGUCAAGGCAUUUGAGGUCUUCGAUGGGGAGACUCGCUCCUGGAUGACCCUUCCCAGCUUGCCUUGCAAGAGGUCCUACGCAGGAGCAUUGUGGGACGGCGCAGGGAGACUCUACUGGCUGGGUGGGCUGCGGCAAGGGGGCGACCACCAAAGCUCCAAAUUUACCAAAAACGUCAACAUCUUCGACAGUCACCAGGGGCUGUGGCUGAAGUCGGAGGACACUGUGUCCAUGAAGACGAAGAGGGCAGACUUUGCCUGUGCCUACCUGCGCGGGAGGGUGAUCGUGGCGGGCGGGUUAGGAAACCAGCCCUCUGUACUAGAUUCUGUGGAGGCCUUCCAUCCAGACAAGAGAAAAUGGGAGCGGCUGGCCCCCAUGUCUAUGCCCCGCUGCUCGGCGUCCAGCAUUGUUAUCCGAGACCGCCUCCUGGUGGUUGGAGGAGUCAAUCAAGUACCCAGCUGUGCCAACGAGAUCCUGUAUGUGAAGGAGAAUAUUGUACUUUAACCAGGACCCCCAUCCCAGACCUUACAGCAAGCUGCAUACUGUUCUUCUGGUCCGCUUUAUAGGAAAGCACUUUCAGAUAUUAAUGAAAGGAGGGAGGAGAGAAACUGUAAUAACAGUGCAAUGAAACUUGUUAAUGAUUUUAUCUGUCCUGUAUGCUAGCACAGCAUGGUGUGCUGACAACACGGCAGUGAAUUUCACAAGCCAGGAGUAUUUCAGUGCCAUAGUUACACUUAUACACUGUGAGACGGGAGGCUGGUAGGGAACGUGAAAGUCUUAGA